ACUGUACGGUGUGUAAUAUUGUGAAUUUUGCCUCAAAAAUAUUGUCUAUUUUCAUUAAAUUCUGGCUGCUGCAAAGUCGACAUGGUUUCCAGCUUGUCACAUCCUCAGUUUGAAAUAUUGAAGUAAACAAUGAAGUGUUUUUAUAACCAGUGAAUGCGUAGAUUAUCUGUGAAUAGGGAAGAAUUCGCUAAAGCCAGACCUGUCAAAAGGUUUUCAAUGUACCAAUGUACUGUACAAAUAUCUAUACACGUAGAUGGUAGCACAUAGAUACAUUGUUUCAACUUGGACAGCUAGGCCUCCAGUCUGUGGUCCUGCUGGAAUCUGAUGUUAUGAAUUUGUUUACUUGGUUGUGUGCUUAAUCAUGAGUGGUGACAUUAGCUAGAGAAGCUCCUCCAUCCUCCGUGAAAAAGGUCUGGCAUGGAGGCCUAUCGAUAACAUGUCAGUUGGUACCCCAUAUUGUGUAUGAAGAAGUUGCAAAGUAAUCAGCAUGAAGCAAAAAGUAAAUCUCUAUUCUUUUCAUUUCAGUGGCUAUGCCUAAAUGGCGAAGUCAAAAGAUCUUUCAACAAUCGUCCCAGUGUCCUGGGAGUUUGUGAGCUCGUCUGGUCCUAGCCUAGCACACCAUACUGGAGGCUUUGUACGUGGAUCAUGGUAUAUCCAUGGAGGAAUCACUGUUAGAGGGAGCACAUCUCCAUCUGAUCAGUUUUACAAAUUUGACCCAAGCGAAGCAUCGUGGGUAGAAGUCACAACCCAUGGCUCGCCCGCUCUUAGUCACCACUCGUCCGUCGUCCUGGGAGAUAGAUACUUGAUUCUGAUUGGAGGAUGGGAUGGCAAAGCAAGAACGAGCGAUGUUCACAUGUACGACGUCGAAAAAGACAAGUGGCAAGGAGUGGCGACAAGUGGCUUCCCUGUUGGGGCUGGGUUGAGUUCCUUCACGGCAACGUUAUUAGCAAAGGACGAAAUUUUAAUCAUAGGACGCGAGGGUAGUUUAAGAAUCCAGCGCAGAUCUGGAAAUGCCUUCUCGCUGAAGCUUGACUUGGGGAAAGGCAUCGGUAGUUAUCGCGAAUAUCCAAUGGGUGUUGCGUCUCGCUCGGGACAUACAGCAACUAUGAUUGGAAAACGUGUGAUUGUUUUCGGUGGGCGUGAUGAUAAACUUAUUGAGCAGCACCCAGGGUACUCUCCUGUACCUGAUCAUCGAACAGCUAAUGUUCUCAAUUCUGUUGAUGCGAAAAUUGAAGCCUUGAAACUAAAAUCUGUGACAAAAUUGCCCUGUGGACGAAAGCACCACAUUGGUGUUGAAGGACAUGGCCUCAUUUUCAUUCAUGGUGGAGAUACUUUUGACGGCAAGAGUCGAUUCCCUGUCGGUGAAGCAUACCUGCUGAAAUUGAAGCCCGUUUUGUCUGUUUAUAAAUUAGGUGUGACGGAGGUUGGUAGAGCUGGACAUAUCUGUAUGACGGAUGGAGAGGAUGUGUUCAUACACGGAGGUGUUGGAGAGAGGAAUGCUGUGUUUGGAGACUUGUACAAAUUGAAAGUGUCUUGACCCCUUACCUAUCCAUUAAUCCGGAAGUGCAACUUUUUUAAAGCUAGUCUUCCUGCCAGGUUUCACCAUGAGACCAAACAAUCCAUUUGUACCUGUUUCUUGAUGAGAUACAGUGUUUUUACAAUUUUUCAUUUUGUAUCAGUUUUAAUACCUGUUUUUAUUAGUUGCUGGAUGAGAUACAGUUUUUCUCAAUGUUAGUCUACCAUCCAAGCCAUACUUGUACAGAUCGACCUCCUGUUCAGAUAUCUUUUAGAGGGAAAAUACACAGUUUUAUUUUUUCA